UCCCUCCCUUCUCCCUCUUCAACCACCCAUUGCGCCCACCACACAACCCGAUUCACUCUAAUUCCCAAUCAAUCAACAAGCCAUAAUGGACAUCGACGACAUCCUCCGCGAAGUCGACCCCGUCUCGCACCAGAUCCCGCAAGAAACGCGCGACCUGCAAGACCUGACGCGCGCCUGGGUCGCCGAGCGCUCUACACCCGAACUACUUCCCUGGCCCUCCAAUGGCCUGUUCGAGCGCAUCAACGACAAGAUCAAGCGGCAAAUAGAGAAAGUGGAGGAGAUGACGGGCGACAUGGAUCCCAAGACCAAUUUCGCGCUGAUUGUUAUUCAGACGGAGUUGGAGAGAUAUAAGUAUCUGGUCAGGUCGUUUUUGAGGACGAGGAUUGCGAAGAUCGACAAACACCUCCUCCACUACAUCUCGAACGACAAUCUCCGAACACGCAUGUCGCAAAUCGAAGAGGCUUACGCGCGAAGACACCAGCUUUUGUUGCACAACCACUAUCUUAACUCCUUCCUGGGAACGUUCCCCCCAGCGAUGCAGAACUUGAACGACACGGCGGGGAAUAUAAGCAUGAUUGACAAUCCUGACCUCGACUCGGCUGUGUUCAUUCGCCUGUUGAAGGACGCGGAGAUUGAGUGUCACGGAGUCGACGUCGAUGGUGUGCUCACGGGCAAAGAGGGGGAUAUCGUUAUUUUGAGGUGGUCAGAUGCGAAGGGACUGGUGGAGAGGGGUGAUGCUGAAUUGGUCUGAGGAGGUUACGGGUGAAGAACCUGUCUACAAAGAUUGAGGGCUGUUGGGCUUACUUUGUCGUCGACCUUGGUCGAUGGCGGAGUUUACGCUUAUGGAGGGCUUAUCUCCAGGAAGGUACUCAACACCACCAAAACAGGUGAUUGAUGACCGGAGUUAACCCCGUCAAACUUCGGCGAUUACCAUACAGCCGUUCCAUCGACAUGAUCGGGACGAAUAUCA